CUGUCAGACUCAGAGGAAACGUUGGAAGAAAACAAGUUUCGAUACCAAACGCAACAAUAACAUGUGUGUGUGAGAAUAAUGUGUGAACAAAAACAAUUUUAACUUUGGUUUAAUUAAUGCAGUGUUUGCAAGUGGCAUUCAGUCAGAAUAAACGACACAAAUAUUCUUGCACAAAGUGACUUUGCCGCUUGGACCUGGUUGAUAUGGGGUUAACGAGAGAAAGUAAAUUGACACUAGAUAUCAGUGAAUAGAGAGACUCAGCUGAAUGGCUGUAUUUCACUAAGGCCUUAUGUUUAAAAUGGAUAUUUUGUGUAUUUAAAUUUGAAACAUUUGAUAUGGGCCGUACAUAGGACAAAUACUGUCAAAAUGGACCCAAAUAAAAAUGAAACUGUUAAUCCAAGAUCAGCUGUCAACCAAGUUAUGGGACUUUACAUAAUAGUUGCAUUUACAAUAGCCUCAUCUUGGUUAUUGGGAGCAUUUAAUUUUUCAUUCUUAUGGGUAUUUGGAUUAAUAUUUGCCUUAUUUAUUGUUUGGAAAUCCCGUUUACGAAACACCGUGGAAAGAAAUCUGGCCUGGCACAAGGAGCAGUUCCACAGAAAACGAGCUUUACGUCAGGAAGAGACAGCAGAAUGGCUCAACUUCAUUGUAAAUAGAUGGUGGGUCUUCAGCUCUGUUAGUAUAGAAGACCUUGUGAAACGGAGAAUAAACGAGCGCUUAGUUACAGUCAAGCCAUCUUUUAUAGGCCAUUUGGAAGUGAUAGGGUUUACAUUCGGUGACAUAACUCCCAGUUUCCGAAGCAUCAAGGCGUUUGAGUGUUCAGAUGGCGUACCGGGGUUUAAACCAGCGUGUUGGUCAAACAUUGCCCAGCCACCAGCAGGGUUGCACAAGAUGUCCACAUUCCAGAUUGUACUUGAGGCGGACAUGUCAUCCAGAUGUGAUGAGUUUCGAAUGGUGUUUCGGGCCAGAGCAGGCGGUGAAAGGGUUGGACUUCAUUUCGAUGUGGCCGUGGAAGAGUUACAAGUCAAGGGCACCUUGCAGGCUGUCCUACAUAUGUCCAUGGAGGUGCCAUUCCCUCACAUCACCAAAGCAACUAUUUCUUUUAAUGACACUCCAGAGGUUUGGUUCAAUGUGACAGUGUUAAAGGCCUUACAACUGAUGGAGAUACCCCUGAUAAAAUCCUGGAUCCAUAUCAACGUUAUGGAGGGAAUCACUAGAGCAUUGGUGGACCCUGGUAAAAUUGACAUCCCCUUUUCCAAGGCAGGGCCUGUCAGUGCAUUGCAAGUUUUCCCUCAUGUUAAACAGGAGCUGGCUCAAGGUGUGUUGACCAUUCAGAUAAAGGGAACGCCAUCAGAGGAUUCAGGAGAGGACAUACACUACACCAGACUGAGGCUGGGCAAGUGUAAGAGGCAAACCCUGGAGCUGCCAGCCACCCAGGCCUGGGAGGAUUGCUGCUCAUUCUUUGUCUUCAACCUUGUUAAAGAGAAGUUAAAUGUUAAGCACAAGUGUAAGCGUCUUCUCACCACAGUGACCUUGGAGCAGCACGACCUUGAACUUUCAUCAUUCCCAUUCACCAUAACCAAGCAAUUAAGUCAUGAGAUUAAAAACAAGGAUGGCAGUAAAUUGAAUCUGGUUAUGGAUUACUCCCCCUUGCCACCCAUAAACCUGGAUGAGGAGGAAGCUGUUAAUGUAUUACAACGAUCUGGUGUGCUGUUUGUAUGUGUGCACUGUGCCAACAAUGUGAUCGCUUCGGACAAAACAGGCUCCUCAGACCCAUACUGUGUUGUUUUCUGUGAUAGACGAAGGAUCUUGACAACCCCUUACCUUGCUCAAACAAGAAACCCAAAGUGGGAAUCUCAUGCAGAAUUGUUUGUGAAGGACUUCUCACAGUGUAACCUGUCAUUCUAUGUAUUUGACUGGGAUGGGACCAACAAACUCGACAACGACUUUCUCGGAUCUGCACAUCACGUUAUGUCUGAGAAAGAGCCCUAUGUCUUGAAGAAAGCGCUCACUCUGGGCUACAACAAGCAGGGAUUGGGACACUUGGACGAUCCUGGGCUGGGGCAGAUUGUCGUUUCUGUCAUUUUCCGACCUGUCAGCUCUGUGGGGCGUUCAGAGCGAUAUCGCUUGACAAGCACUGAUUCUGCGAACAAUAACGAGUUUCUGUAUGUGGAAGACAUGGUAUCUCCUGGCACUAUGGUUCUUCAGCGAGGGGUUUCAAAGACACAUUAUGAACAUGUUGAAAGAACAAAACCUGAAUCAUGUGAUCCUAAUGAGCCAGAGGGAGGAGGCAAAAAGCUGUCCAAACAGCAGAGUUCUCAGUCCAAUGAUGAGUUCAUGAGAGACAAAGUGUUUGUGGAUCUAACUCUAGUUCAGGCCAAGGAAUUGAUUGCAGCAGACACAAAUGGUUACAGUGACCCAUUCUGUGAGAUAUGGAUGAGAGAUACCAAACUGUUCUCCUCCAGUGUGAAGAAGAAGACACUGUCACCGAUGUGGAAUGAGUCGGUCGCACUUCAGGUCACUGAAGAUUGUGGGAUGCUAGAAAUCCAAGUGUUUGAUAAGGAUCUUAUCACCAGGAAUGAUUUUCUUGGCAAGGUCAUGCUUACCCUGGACGAUCUCAAGGAACUCUCUUUAAAGGGCACAGAUGAUUGGUUCCCAUUAAAACAUACCAAAUCCGGCCAAAUCCAACUGAGAUGUUCCAUCACUGCAGCAGGAAAUAAGCCAGGAAAGUCUACGUCAAGUGUAAGCAAACAAGAGCAGGACGCCAACAACUCGGCCAAGUCCCAGACAGAUGGCACAAACCCUUCCACAGGAAGGGGCAUGUCUAUUGAGAGUGAUGUUUUCAUUACACCGUCCGAAAACCAGAAGUUAAAAAGUACCCCUGACAUCACAAGGGAGAGUGAUUCUCAGCUUCGAAAACGAAACUCCAGUAGCAUGAUUAAUAACAAGGGAGAUAAGGCAAGUCCAGUUACUUCAACUCCCUUGAAAAAGGAUCAGAACAUGGAAGUAGGACUGAAAAGAUCGGCAUCUGACGUGAACAUGGACAAGAGAAGAAGGUCCACUUCUAAUUCGCUAAACUCAUUUGCAGCCUUCAAUGACCUCAACAUGUCUACAGUUAUGGCAGACCCCACUGUAGAUCAAGUAGAACCACUUGAUGAUGACACUGUUGGUGACCUUGACCAUACUGACAGCCUAGGUGGCCGACUGUUCAAUGUGACAGGGAAGAUACUCAGCAUCCAGGGGUUGAAGUUUAACGAAGGCAGCAUUUACUGUAAAGUCAGGGUAUUGCAACCCAACAGGCGUCGUUUACGGCUGAUAUUUGGAAACCGCGUCAUUGCGAAAUCUCCCCUUAUAAAGGCAACACAGACCAUUGUCAACUUACCCAUUGAUAUUGAUCGCGGUAUGGGGAUCCAUGGCGAUACUCUGUUGAAGUUCGACAUCAAACGAGAGGGGAAGGAGCACCUGGCAUCUAGGGCGUACACUAUAAAGACACUGUUCAGCGGAGAGGGAGGGGAAGGAGAUAAAGUCCAGAAGGUGUUACCCCUGGAAAACAACCUUCAAAUUGAAGUUUACCUCCAGCACACUCCGGUGGAUUCCAGCUCAAUACGGCGCCAUGGAUCCAGCAGAAUGUCUGUCGGUUCAAGGUCAUUCCGAAAAUAAAACGGCGAAAAAAUGUGUUUUAAUCUGGUCAACAGCGUAGACUAACAGUGGGGUCAAAUUCAUUACAGGAUAGAACUUAGGAGAAUUUUUUUUGUUAGAUUGCACUGCCUUAGCUUGAUUUUGAAUAGUGGCAUUGGUGUUAAAGUUAUUACAGGAUUGAUAUAAGGGAAAAUGAUGUGUUUUUGGUCACUCCAUUGUUAAUGGGAUCAAAGUCAUUCUGAAGAUAGAAAAUCCUUUUUUAAUUAAAACUUUGAUUUAUAAACUAAUUAUUCGCAUGCUUAUUCAUAUCAUACACUGUUCAUGUAAUGUGGUACAUUAUCUGUAAUUCUAUUUAUCUCUUUUGUGAAUAACAAUAACCGUAGAAGGUCUUUUUUGUCUUUUCCACUUCGAAUUUUAAGAAAAUUGAUGUUUCUUUAUUAGUUGAAGUUUGAUGAUUUUUAUUUUGUACCUUUUUUGCGCAUUGUGAAAUGUGUAACGCUGAUAAAGAAAAUAAGAGAAAAAAAUCAGAAAAAAGGAAAAUCUUUGAUGAUUUCUAUUUUUUAAUGUUUUUCAUCUAUUUUUUUAAUGUUUUUCAUAUUUCGAAAUAUCUAACAAAAAAUGAGAGAAAAAUAUCUGGAAAGAAGCACGAUGGUUAAAUUUCUGAUUCCAAGAGAAGUUAUCAGUUGGAAUAGAAAAUGCUCAAACUUAAAUUUAAUUGUUUUAAAUUCCUAUUAUUUCCUUUCCUAUAAUCAAAUUUCUUGCUUUUAAUUAUUGAAUAGGACAUCGAAGAAUGAUUAAUAAGUGAUAAUGCAAUUAUGAAGAAGUGGAGAACUUGUCUUAAAAACUUUACGUAAUUCUCCUACCAAACCAUAACCAAUCCAUUUGAUGCUAACUCCUUAUUUUGAGCAUAAAAAUUAUUAGCGAUAUUUCAUUCAGUGAUUACUAGCAUAUCCUUAUUUUAUAUAUUAUAUACAGUCACUAUUAUGUACUUAAUAAGAAUUUUAGCAUUUUAGAUUUGCUUAAAAAUUGACCCCGUCUUAUAAGCGAGUCGAAACAAAAAGCACCAGAUUUCAUGGGCAAAGUUAGGGGGCCGUCUUAUAAGCGAAUCGCCUUAUAGUCGAGAAAAUACGGUAUAUGUAACAAAAUAUUAUCAAUCUUGUUUCUAUGUAUUUAGUCAAGCCAAAUUGACCUGAUCCUCCUGACCUCUAUUGGUAUCCAUAUUUUCACAGCUGAAUUAAUUUCUAAACAUAUAGAUGUAUGCUUUUAGUAAUGGUCAUAAAGAUGAAACACACAGUAAACUGCUUAAAGGGUCAUUAACAGUAAGUAAGUAAGUAAGUAAGUAAAUUGUUUAUUAUCGUGACAUGUUUUACUUGUUGACCUAUUCUCAACUGACUCAAUAGUUCAUUUGGAAGCUUUCUUGGGUCUAAGAAAUUAUCAUUUAAUAUCUGAGUACAAAUCCAAUGCACACCUGUUAUAUGUAAUGAUAGUUUCAUUUUAUGCUUAGUUUAUCUACUGUCUGUUAGUUUGUUGGGUUAAAAUCACUGUUGAUUUUACAGCACGUUGGUAUUUUCAUGAAUGGUUCGUUAAUCACUGUCUGGUUUUCCAGUAGUUUUAAAUAGACCUGGCCCGAUUUCUUGAAACUUAUUAAGUUUAACAGACUUAAGACGCUUAUUUCAAUUAGCCAAAAUACAUCCUUCAGUUUGAUUUUGAUGACUGAAAAAUGUGUUGUGAUUAUCAUACGGAUAAUUCCUAUAUGAAGUCUAAAUACUAUUGAAGAAGUUGAUAUUAAGCAAAAAAUAGACUUACAAACAUAGUGAGCUUAUUUUUAUCCUGUUAUAAGGGGCCAUGUAUACUAUGGUAAAAAGAAAAUAUAAUUUAUGCAGCUUUUGUAUGUGUUGUCACCAUUUAGUUUGCGAUCAAAAUAAAUAAAAAGAAAUGGGUUUGGACAGGAUUCAAACCUAGAUAUGACUGGUUAAAUAAGUGACCAUUGUUAAACUUGCAGUGACUGAGAAUGCAAGAAUUGCUCAAUGAAACUGAUAUACUAGCUCUUACAUAAAUUAUUCAUUGUAUAAUAUAUGCAUGUACAAAGGUCAGGAUCAGGUUAUCUUGGUCAAACAAUAUUUAAAAAUGCCAUCUUUGCCAGAAACUGAAUGAUAUAUUUUGUAAAUUUAACGCAUCAAUACAUGUUUGCGUCAGGUAAUAUAUCCAUAUCAAACAUUUUCAUUAGGUCAAAUAGCAGUGAUCUAUACUAUAUAUUAAUCAUUAAACAUGGGGGUACUGUGUGAAAAAAAAGGUGUCUUAUUAUGACCUAUAAAAGCGGAAAACUGAAGUAAAGUUGUACUAUUAUGUUGUCUGAUGGAACCAGAAACACUAUUUUGCCAUUGCGAACCUUAUACCGGCAAGUCAUUCUUAAUGAUUCCAUUCUAGUCUUUGUGGGUUAUCCAGGAUCAGUUAUUUGUUCAUAUUUUGUCAAAAAGAUUUGAAACUGCAGUCUUCAAUGUACUUUAAUGAAAGAAUAUGUUGUUCUCUCAGAACUUUAUGGUAUAAGGUAUAAUGCUAUCAAAUUUUUCAUGUGUUGUAUUUCAUGAUUGCAUAACAAUGUCAACAUGUGAAUACCGGUAUUCAUUUUUGCUGCAGCAGAUUUAUAAAGGACUGUACUGAACACAACUCUGAUUACACCGGAAUGGUAUACUAUCAUUAUGAAAGCAUUACAAAACUAGCAUGCAUUUACUACAUUAUGUUGGAACUUGUCAACUUAUUGCAAUUGUAUUUUUAUUUAAUGUUUGCAAAUUAUUUCUUCACCAUUGAGACCACGUAGCAAAUUCAUAUUUAAUUAUUCAGAAAGCUUUUGAAAAAUGCAAUCAUUACAAUUGUGCUUGUCAUUGAUUGGUUUCAUUAACUGGAUUACUAUAGCAGUUUGCUCAUAUGUAAAAGCAGGUAUUGGGACAUCCGUGCCAACACUAAAAGGUUAGUGGGGGAGGAGCUGUGCAGAGGUCCCACUUAAUAUUUAAAUCAGUAGCUGGAUUUGACUUAAUUGUCAAAAAUAACCCUUACCAGAACUCAAUUCUUCAAGUGUAGCAAGCGUAUGAAUUACUCAGUAUUAAAAUGAUAAUAAUGACAUUAACAAUUUUAUAAGUUGUUAAAUGAUAUUUAUUUAAAAUUGUUAACUCAUACUGUUAUAUCAUUGGCAUAAAUGUAUGCUUGAUAUUAUUUAGCUUUUACCAUUUUAUGUGAUAUGUGUGUUCAUUGACAUAUAAACCAUGUGUAUAAUAAUUUCCAUGAUGUGUAGUGUCAUAUCAUCAAAGUGGUUGUACAUUGUUGUGUUUUCAGUCCCAUUCCAAAUGCUUAAAAAUAUUGUUUCCAGAAUGUGAAAUGUUUAGUAGUUGUUGUUUUUUUAAAUCUAGAAUAAAAAUAAAUUAAUGGACCCCAUAACGUUUUUUGUAAGGAAAUGGUGUUUUCUUAACCACAGUCAUCGAAAUUAGACUUUUGGAUGAACAAGCCCAAACUCUUGUUUUAUUGCAUGAAAUAUGUCUAGGAACAAGCCCUGCUAAAUAAAAUUCAGAAUUUGAGCAAGCCCGGAAGACAUUUUACCAGAGCAGGGCUUGCUGGCUGGUGCUAAUAUCGACCACUGUAACCAUAUAACAUUCUUUUAUAUUUUCUGUCUAAUUUAUGAAACUUAACUGGGUACAUGUUUGUGAGAUCAUAUUUGAAAGGCAUGGCAUUGUAAAUUUGUACUGUACAAGGGAAUUUGAUCACACAACUGUUAGCAGUUUCGCAAAAUGAAGUGUGUUGUUCUUGUUGAUGUUUGCAGCCCAAAAUAACAUUAUUUUUUAAGCUGUAUGUGCUUGUUAGUUAUAAAUGAUUCUCAUCUGUGAUAUAUUUUUGCAUGUACAAUAAAUACAUACCAGUAAACAAUCUCCACUCCCCUAUACAUAAUUUCACAGCAACACAAACCUUCUUUAAUCUGUUGAAUUUUAAAGGUUUUUUGUUCCUAAGUUAUGUAAUGUGUUUCAUAUACUGUUAUUAAAUGAACAUUUUGCAGCAUUUUAUGAUCUACCAUUGUGUUAUAAAAAUUGAUUAUUUGUUUGAUUUUAUUAUAUGAAUUACAAGUCACAUGACAUAUCCAGAAAAAAAUGUUAAUCCGGUUUCCUUGUUUGACCCUUAUGUAUGUGAUAUUUUUGUUAUAAUACUAGAAGUGUAUCUUUAACAACACAAUAUGUAUAAAGCCAGUAGUCAUGCAUAAUUUCUAUUUCCAAUUAUAUUUCUACAAAUAAACAAAUUUGAUACCAUU